AUGUUUACUCCAGCCUGUAAACCACAGGGUGCAUCAGUCAUCAUCCCUCCCAUGACUUCCAGCGGGUUGAAAGUGACGUCACUGGUCUCUAAGGGGGGGCUCGCGGCAGCAGGUGAGAGCGCAGCAUCGCCUCCUCGCUGCUUUCAAAGACGCAGAGCGGCGGAGUCGCGGAGCGGAGCGGAGCCAUGGGAAAGCUUCAAGAAUUUGAUAUCACUUUUGCCAACAACAAGGUGGUCUACGGUCCGGGAGAGUCCAUUAGUGGAACUGUGAAGAUACGGACCGGGAACUCGCUGCAGUACAAAGCCAUCAAGGUGAACUGUCAGGGAUCAUGUGGGAUCUCCAGCAGAAUGAACGAUGCGUCAUGGGCUCUGGAGGAGCAGUACUUCAACAGCACGUUGUCUGUUGCUGACAAAGGAACCCUGGUGGCAGGCGAACAUAGUUUCCCCUUCCAGUUUCUCAUUCCAGUCGCUGCCCCGACUUCCUUCGAGGGCCCCUUUGGGAAGAUUAUUUACCGUGUGAGGGCGGCCAUUGACACGCCCCGUUUCGCUAAGGACUACAAAGCCCAGAAGCCCUUCUACCUACUUAACCUGCUCAACCUCAAUGAGGUGCCUGACAUUGAACAUCCCAGUUACGCUGUGACCACUAAGAAGUUCAGCUACCUCCUGGUGAAGACGGGGACACUAAUGCUGAAAGCUCGCAGCGACCUGAGGGGUUACAUCCCCGGUCAGGUCAUCAAGUUAGCCACAGAGAUCCACAACAAGUCUGGGAAGGACACGGGAUGUGUGCUGGCCAGUCUCAUACAGAAAGUGACCUAUAAGACCAAACGGCCUGUGUUUGACCUGCGGACCAUCGCAGAGGUAGAGGGAGCUGGGGUGAAAGCAGGAAAACACGCAGAGUGGAGAGAGCAGAUCAUCGUCCCUCCUCUUCCUCAGUCUGCACUGGCCGGCUGCAGCCUCAUAGACAUCGACUAUUUCAUUCAGGUGUCACUAAAAUCUCCAGAGGCAAUUGUCACUUUGCCAAUCUACAUUGGGAACAUUGCUGUGAACUUGUCUCCGUCGAGACCCAUGCCCUCCAGUCCGGACCACUGCGCUGUGACCAUCGGACCCAGGGCAACGGGCGUGACACCCAGCGCCCCUCCGGCGGAGGAGGAUCCAGAGGAGGAGCUGUGUGCAGGAGGCUUGGCUAGUGAGGAGAUUCCCACCAAGAGUCACUCUCAGCAGGAUCCCUCAGGUCAUCCUGUCACCAUGUCCCCCAGCGCCUUCAGCCACGCACCUGGUGCAGCCCUUCCUCCCAGCCACAGACGACCCGACGCCUCGGCUCCACUGUUCUGUGUGUCCACCGGGGCCACCAUACCUUUCUUCACCGAGGGAGACGUCACUCCUGUACCCACUUCCUGUUCUCUCAUCCUUCCACCAGAGUACAGCAGCUGGGACUACCCUCAUGAGCCCCCACCCACUUACGAGGAAAGCUGCAGCAGCGCCAACUCCAGUUUCAACAGUAGACAGUAGAGAAGACGCAGGUGACGAAGCAUCAUGGCCACGCCCACCCACACCUGUCUGCAUUUGCCUCAAGAGUAACCACGACAGAGACACGCUGGGUUAAAGAGGAUGGAUGAUAACUCCAGUCCCGAACACCCCAAAGAUUCUUUGUCCUCAAAUAAGUAAAAAAAAAAGGGAUCAUAUCUUAUACGGAAUAUAAUUUCACCUCAUGUCCCAUCAGGUAUUGUCAGACAGAACGGAUGAAAAUCACUGUGCCUAAAAGAAGUAUUUUGAAUCAUCGUACAGCCUUUAGAAUAUCCAGUGAUUGGACAUGAUUCUUUCAUGGGGCGGAGUAAGAUCUGUUGUUUUAUCAAUGAAUAUCUGCAUCUGUGAUGCCUUGAAUAUGAGUUCGGCCUACUGAGGGCUCAUGUUUGGCGAGAUCAAACGUUGGCCUUUUCUGUAGUCUUGUUCCAAUUGUGCACUUGUUAUUGUGGUCCACCGCUGUCCGUUUGUGUCUCAGUUGUCCUCGUCAUCAGCAGGGCAGAGCUGUCUUUAUGCUUGACGUUGAAAGGAGAACUUAAUGCCAGAGGUUGUGGUUUGUCUAGUUUGAGUAUUUAAAUCUCUGUGUGUAGGAUUUUGAUGAUUAUGGGCUAAUUUAUGACAGGGCUGCACAAUUAUUUGAUUUGAGUAUUUGAUUUUUGAUGAAGGUAAAAUGUGUCCAACAUACCAUUAUACAGUAAAUGAGGCAUUGUGGUGCUACAAAGAUGCUCCAGCCUACAACUUAUAUUCCAGACAUAAGGGAACAUGCUUGGACGGUACAGACCCCAGCAAAAUUUCCAUCAUCUUUUUUUUUAUCAGUGAAAAUGAAAUGCAGAAAUUACAAUUCCCGCUAGAGUCAGAACUUGUCGCAAUAUCUGCCGAAGUAAUCACAGUGUUUGUUUCGUUUUGCAUUUUGUGCAGCCUCAGUUUAUACUCCCGCCGUUAUGUAAUGUAACUAUCACUGCCCACAAACUUCCAUGUGUCCUUCAUGUUGGCACAGAAACAUCCACUAGAUGGCGCCAGAAGGCAGAGUCAAAAGUUUGUGACAUUAACAAUCAUGGCAACAUUGGAGGAGGUUGUAAUAAUAACGUAACUUUUAACGGAGCUGGCGUUGUAGAAGCUGGAGUUCUGUGAGGUCAUUAAAUACAUUGCAAUAUGUGGACGGAGAAUUCUUUUAACUAUAUCACUGAUUUUUUCUGUUCUUCGAUUCUUAAAAUGUCUUCCUCCUGUCCCACGGUAGUGUACUCAGAACGAUCUACCCAAAUACAUAGAAACUUGUUAAUUCUACCCAAAGUUGCUCGAUAUUAUUCGGGAUGACCGCAAGAUGAAAAUGCAAUAUAGGACUUUGACUUCUCUAGCUAGUAAUUUCCUUUACUACACAUUAGUGAAAAGUGAUCGCUAGACAGACAGACAGACAGACAGACAGAUAGAUAGAUAGAU